GAAAAGUUCUUGAAAGAGCAGAACAACAGAGAACUCUUAUAAAAGAAAGUUUAUAGACAACGUAUAAUCUCUUUAUAUAAAUAAUAUACAGUAGGACUCAGGUUAUCCGAGCUAAUGUGGACCGGACCUAUACCUCGGAUAAGGCGAAAACUCGGAUAAUCCGAAUUGUUAUUACAAUUUAACAUUAUUAUUGUUUAAACAAUUAUUAUUUAUUACAAACAAGAAUAUAAUAUUGUAUAUAUUUCAUAAUAAUUUAAACAAUUUGAAUUUAUUAAAAAUAAACUCAUAUUUAUAAAAAAUUAAAAUUAAAAAUAAUUCGGAUGAAGUAGACUAGACUCAGAUAAUACAGAAUUUCCUACUGGGACACCACCUUGGAUAAUCGAGACCUCAGAUAAAGCGAGCUCGGAUAAACGGGGUUUUACUGUAUAUUGUUUAAAUUUAACGAAAAAAUAUUUAAACUAAUUUACAAGCACACAGAGAAUUAUAAUAUUUUCUCUAAAUAUUUCAGAAAUAUUUUAUUAAAAGAUUUAAAAUAUUUCAAAGAAACAUUUUUCACAUAUCUAUAAUAUUUGCUGUGUGGAUAGAUAUAAUGUUUUAUUAAAGUCGUGAAACAAAAUAUAAAUUUUUCCUGAUAUAAUAAAAAAAGAACGGUUUAGAUUUUUUUUUCUCCAAAAUAUGGAAUAUCUCAACGUUAACAAAUAUUUUAUGAAGAUGUACCGUUAAUGACAGCAUUAUAUGUAGCAAGAGACAACUUUCAUAAGUUUGUUAUAUGCAUUCCAAUGUGUGCGAUGUGUAUUUUUUGUAUAGUAACAUAUAUAUUUUUUAUUGUUAAAACGCCAGAUAUACAAUUUUUAUUAGACAAAAUUAUAGAAGAUUUCAAAAAGAUCGAACCAUUUGAGGAAGAAUUUUAUAUUUUAAAAAAAUCAACAAAAGAAGGAAAAAAUACAAAUCUAAUUUAUAUGAUUUACAUGACAACGUCAAUAGUACUUUUUUUCGCAGUAACUUUAACGCCACAAAUUCUUGAUAUAUUUUUGCCACUUAAUGAGACAAGAAAAAAAAUUAACGCCGUGGAAUUAGAGUAUAUAUUUUUUGACAAAAAUGAUUAUUAUUGGUAUUGUUUUUUACAAACAUUAAUUAGCGGCGGUUUUGCAAUUGUUACAUGCAAUACAUUUGAUAUUAUGCUUUAUUCUUUUAUACAUCAUGCUUGUGGAAUGUAUCGUGUUUUGUGGUAUCGCAUUGAAAAUAUUCUAAAUAUAAAAAUAACAACUAAGCUUAUUAGCCAUGAGGAGAAGAUACAAGAAAAUAUUAUUAAUUGCAUUUUGUUACAUAAUGAAAUAAUUCAGUUUGUCGAAAAAAUCGAUUUAUGUUUCACAGAAUGUUUGUUUAUCACUUACGGCAUUUUAUUACUACUAUUGACAUUUGUAGGCGCAAUGGUUGUACUAAAUAUAAAUGAAAUGGAGAUUGUAACCAAGUACUUGGCUUUUGCUGCUGGUCAAAUAAUUCAUCUUUUAUAUAACUGUGUUCCUGCACAAAGAUUAAAGGAUCAUAGUUUAAUUGUUAAUGUAUAUUUAUAUUCCAGUCAUUGGUAUAGAAUGUCUGUGACAGGAAGAAAAUUAUUAUUGACAAUGAUGAUGAGAAGUUAUAAAGAAUCUAAACUAUCCUGUGGAAAAUUUUCCACAUUAUCUAUGGAAACUUUUAGCACGAUACUAAAAACAAUUUUCUCCUAUUUGAGUGUUCUAAUUUCUAUGACCAACUAAUAAGAUGAACAAAUUGUGAUUUCAAUUAAUUUAUAUUGGUUUUAUAAUAUCAUUAUUAUCGUAUUAUUUAAUUUUUUUAUCAAUAAUAUAGGGAAAGUGCAUCAAUUACGGUGCGUUCAUAAAAAAUAACUAUUACUAUUAUAUUUAAUAUAUAACUGUUGCAAAAUAAUUAAAAUAAUUAUUUUAAUCUUUUUUUGAUAUACAAUUACUAAUAAAGAUGCACAUUUAAACAAUUAUUAAUUUAAUUAUUUUGAGAUUAAAUUUUUUUCCUCGCCGUUAUUGAAACAUUUUUAAUAUUUCCAUUGGCUUCUAUUACGGUGGGCAAAGUAUAUUCAAAAUACACGUAAUUUUAGUCACCGUAAUUGAUACACCGAAACUGAUACAAACGCGCCGUAAUAGAAAAUUACGGAUAUUAGUUUUAAUUUAUCAUAUUUGUUUAAAUAAUUGAUUUUCAUAAAGUUUAAAUUUUUUUUUUUUAAUAUCCAAAUAAUAUAACCUUUUGUUUAAGGGGGGCGCCUACUUUAGAAGGUUAAAAACUGCGUACAUUUCAGGAAUUUUUUUCUCAAACACAUUUCAAUAAAUCAAUGCGAGAUUCAGUGUAUGUUUUCUUAUAUAUUUAAAUCUUUGAAAUAUAAUUUUUUGAUUAAAUGAAAAUAGAAUUUAAUAAUAAAAUAAACGCCAUAUAUAUAACGCCUCGCUGCUGAAAUUUUCCCAUUGCGUACAAUCUAGGGUCCACAAUUCUUAUCUAAAACAAAAAAACAAAAUUUUUUCUUUAAAUAUACAUUAUUGUCUUCUGUAUGUAUUAAAAGAUUUCAAUAGAAAGUAAAAACUGACAUUUUUACAUGACUUUUUUAAAAAAAAUUUAAUUUUCGUCAAAAAAAAUCUCAUUUUUUCUUUAAAAGAAAGCACUAAAUUUAACUCUAUCAAAAACAAAUUUAAUUCAUACAGAAGAGACACUUUUUAUCUUCAAAACAAGCCCAGGUAGACCUUAAUCGGUUGAAAAGAUUUUUGUCUAUCGUGUACGCAAACUACAAAAACAGUGUUUUGAGAAAAACGAGUUUAAAGAUUGAAAAACAUGUAAAUGCUGUUUAUUAAAAACUUACGUGUUUUUCGCGGCCUCGAUGAACGACUAUUUUUUUUUAUGGGUAUCUUUUGGAUAUGACGACAUUUUACUGAUAAAUGGUAAUUUUAAUGGUAGGUGUAAUAGUAGAUAAGCGCAACAAAUUAUGAAAAGUAUUAGAGACUGCGAGUGGAGUCGCGCGCCAGGCCACGCGCUUUAUUGCGUUCUACAAGCUGUAACUCGAAAAAUACUUUGUAUUUUGACGUAAUAUUUUAAGAGCAUAUUCUCUGAUAGUUGUACUUUCAGUUAAGACAACUUUGAAAAAAUCGAUUUUUUCGACCCGAUUAAGUAGGCGCCCCCCUUAAUAAGUCUUAAGGGCAUGUCAAAGUCGAAGCAAUUUUUACAUAGAACUUAAAUGGAAAAAUCGUAUCGCCUUUGACCUACCCUUAAAUUGACUUUAUACAAUAGAAAUGUCGAAUUUUCUAUUUCAAAUGUGUUUUGACUCGAAUCGCGCCGUAAUUAGUGUAUUUACCCUGAUUAUAAGUAAAUGCAUUUUUAUUUGAAUAAUUUAUAUUUAUUAAUAGUAAAAUUGUCAGGCAACAUUGUAGAAUAUGUUGUGCUAUUUGGAAUGUGUACCUUAUGUUAAAUAUUUA